AUGUUCUACCAUGGUACUGUCUUAGAGUUGUGUAUCUUGCCUGCCGACUUUUACUAUCGUUAUGCUGUUGUUGUUAGGUAAGCACAAUGAAAUAUAAUACUCUUGUAUUUUUAUACAAAUAUACAUAUAUUAUUUGUUUAAAUAAAAAUAUAUGACUUUCAGAAACCGCACGGUAACUAGUCUUCGACUUUACAUCAUCAUAAGCAUUAUGGUAACUUUAACUUUUAUUUUGACUUUUCCUUUAUAUUCAAUGGUAACCUAUUACGGCCCUUCGUAUGAGACAAAGAUAGACAAAAAUGCUACAGAAACAUUAUACCAAAUACCUCGGUUCCGCAAAGACAUUGGCAUGUUCAGCUAUAAUCCAAGGGUAAACGUUCUGUAGCUAUAUAUUAUAUUUACCAAGAAAGUACCUAACCUACCAUAUUCAGAAUCAGCUCAAAAUCCUUACAUGAAUUCUAGUACCACCAGUAGUACCUAUAACAAAUUUUAGCUUGCGUUUUUGGGUCUUAAAAUUUAAAUAUUUGAGUUCCUUCCUUAUUUGGCAUUGUGUUUCAAGCACUUUUUUCGGCUUUCCAGGCAAGCUACGCUUACAAAUUAAGAAAUGUAUUCAAGUUUCUACUAGUAUAUUCAAAAAAUAAUUAAAGGACCAGUUCGCCCUUUAAAAUAUCAUUGGCAUUGUGUCGCAAAAAUUCGACGUUCAUUUUUUUCUCAAAAAACCUGAGCCGGUCGGUCCCAAAUUGGAAAAUUCAUUUCGACACCGACUCACUCACGUUUUUUGAGAAAAAUGAUUUUGAUUGAAACAGCCUGAUUUUCGACGCUUUUUGCGACAGAAUGCCAAUGAUAUUUGAAUUGGCGCACUGAUCCUUUAAAAGUCGAAAAAUGACAAUUUUAUAAUUUUAAAAAGUGCGAAUUCGGCAGAAAAUUCAAAACGUAAUUUUUUUGGUUUCGAAUUUCUCGAGAUUAACUAGAAAGCGCAAUUUAAUACUUUGUUGAAGAUCUUAUAUUUACGUGUCCUUUCUACAUAUAUAUAAAACUUGAAGUCGAUCAGAGCUUUUAAGGUCGGGUACUUUCCUUGUUAGUUCAAACAACAAAUCUAGCUUUGUAUAUAGUAAUAACUGAAAAAUUGCGAUAACUUGCCUAAUAUAUAUUUGUGUUUAGGGAAAAUUUUUCACCAAACUUCACAGUGGAAUAUUAACAUUAGCAUCAGUUUUUGGCUGCAGUUUUGCACUUUUGAUUUAUCACCGAAUAUCAAGUGUCCUGAAGAAGCAUGCAGAGACAAAUCCAAAUGGUGGUGUUGUUCAAGUAGAACGGCAGAUCAACAAAAUUAUAUUAUUGCAGGUACCUUAG